AUGGCAGUUAUUUCCGACUGUGGCCUUGUACUGAUGUCUUGUCUGCAGUUCGAUUUCUGUGAUCGACAACGGCACUUCGCAGUGGAUGUUCCCCAAAGAGCAAAACAAUCCGCUACACUCUUCAACGCGAUUUUGGCACUGUCUGCAAGACACAUGAGUCGAGUUGCCAAAUUUGACCCUUACAUUUCCGACCAUUACUAUCAGGAAUGUCUCAAAACAUUGAUACCAGCACUUGAUGACCAAGAGGCAUCCAGCGAUGAUAAUCUCCUAGCCGCAACUGUAGUCCUUAGGCUCUUAGAGGAGUUUGAUGGUAAGAUUUCUCCAAAAAUUGCAAGAAAAUUUGACCUAAAUGCAAUAGUUCCUCUCGUCGGCUCGGACCUUCAAGGGCAUUCCAUAGGCACUCAAUCCUUCAUCAAGUCGCAAGAAGAUUACCCCAGGGCAGCUGGCCUUCGCCAAGCUGCGUACUGGGCAGGUGUCCGCCAGGAAAUCUAUAUUUCGGCGACCUUACAGCGUGCACCAGCAUUUCGGCCAGGUCUUGAGCAACAAGGUCAUCCCCCAGCAAUCGACCGCAGCGAUGACUGCGCUUGGGCCAAUAUGGCCAUCGCACAUUGUGCAGAAGUAUUGGAUUUCUCGUUUGGACAAGGCUCUCGGGCUGUUUCUUUACAUCACGCGUUGAUGAAUUUCAAUCAAAGAUGGCGAGUCAUUCGUCCUGUUUCAUUUGAUCCUUGGUUUUCAACAGCAUCGGUCUCGCCUGAGUCCGUCGACUUCCCAGAUAUUAGAUAUCACAUGGAUUGGCACGUCAUGGGUUAUCAAUACCUAACACUCGCACAUAUUCUGCUUUUGGUGUAUGACCCGGGUAUCCCAAGAGUUGGGCCAGCCCACAGAGCCGCGAUCAUGAAAGUUGAAGUAAGUCUACAGGUCCAGAUUACAGUCAAAAAGGACUGA